AUUGACCUUUUUUCGAAAGGGACACGACCAACGACGGUAAAUCACUUGGCGGCAGUUUAAGGGCGGCACGAUGCACCCCCGGCAUCGGAUACCAAGGGAAACGAAUCUCCAAUGGAGACUGUUGUCAUAGAAGGUGGACAGCCCCUCAAAAUCAAAAUGGUCGCCCCGAAAGUGAACGAAGAAUUUGUGUUACGCAGACGAGGAAUGGCGGUUCGCUCGGUCCACUCGGAGCGACACAGCAUGAAAGCGUGAACGAGGGGAGGUUUUUAUUGACUUUUAUGCUAAAAAUGUACGUUCGCUAGAUGGUCCAUUUUAUUUUUAUUCCAGUACCCGAACACGGGGAGGAGGUGGUAGACCAACCGAGAGGAGGAGACUGCGGCGAUACGAGGAUAUUUGGCAAAUUAGGAGGAAAAGUUUGCGCCUGCCUCCUUCAAAUGGAAAUUUUUACUCGCAAAAUUCGAUGCGUAGCACCACAAAUCUAGACGUGAAUCGAUAAUGAGUCGAAGAACCUUGUAAUAUGGACGGAUAUUGGAAAUUCUGAUAAAAUUUAAUAUAUCAUAGAACCAGACAGACUUCAGCGAAGAAUGUUUUUAGACCACUGCAAUAUUAGAAUACCCAUUCCCACUUGGAGCAGUGGGGGCGACAAAAGUAUUGCUUGUAACAAUUGUUGUCGAACUUCUGCAACAGCAUCUACAGCAGGCCCAAAUGCAGAGGCAGAAGAGAACCAAGCCUGCGAUCGAAGAGAGCACUGGAACAAGUAUCGCAGUAGCUGCUGCUGCUCCAGUUACACCUACUGCAGUCGAGGUGUCAAUGUCGUUCCACGAGCCCAUAGUUCUGGUAAUAACGUGUACGUUGAUUCCUUGAAAUUCAGAGACCUCAACGAGCUGAAUAACAGAAAACACACAGGAUGAAAUCUGACCUUAUUCCAUUCGCUUGUACCGAGACAAUGUGUGUUUACACAUUUUCAAUAACAUGAGUUAAGAUUAGAGGUGGAAAAACUUGGUGAAACCAAUUGAAACUUAUACAAUGACCACCCAAAUCUGCUUAUGUAUACAGAUACGUAUGAACGAGUGAAUGAAAUGGAAAUAAUAAUACAUCGUCAUUA